UUUUUGUAGCGAUUGGUAGACGAGGUCUAUAGUCCAUCUAUAUAAUCAAUCCAUGCGCGCUAUUCCUCUGUGUUUUGGUAUUUGGCUGUUUUGACAAAUGAGCUAAAAAUGACGAUUGGCGAUACUAUAAUAUUGUGAAUGCUCAAGGUUAGCGCGAGGCAUUCCCCGAUUUGGCAGUUUGCAGGUUGAAACCUUAAGUCAGAACAGCAGUAAGUUGAACUCAAGGAACAAUCUGAUGAUGUGGGUAUCGGGAUCAACUUGCAAAAUAUCAAUUUCAGCAGCUAUGUUAGCCCAGAAAAGGGCGUUAUCAACAUCAGCGAAAUGUUUACGAAAUCUGGGUAAUGUGCAAUUACGGACACAAGAAACAAAUCUCCAGAAGACCAAACAUAUUAAAUAUUCAGAUGAGUUUCUUAUAAAACAAGCAGAAAAAUAUAAGUUGAAUAAAAGAAGAUUAGCAAAUAUGAUGGGUGAAGAUCCUGAUACAUAUAAUGAUGAAGAUAUGAAGCGUUCAAUUAGAUACCUAUUUCCAUCAGAUCUGGAUGAGGAAGUUUUACCAAGUAUGGAGCAUCCAUCGAAGCUUUACACCUCACAACUACGCAUCCAUUGGGAUGAGAAUGGAAGACCACUUCAUUAUCUAUAUUACUCAAAGAAACAAAAUCUAAAUCAUCUUUUACACGAGAUAUAUCAGUACAUUAUUGAUGCUAGAAAAAUGGGAAAUACGAGAAAAAGAUCUUCAUCAUUGAAAACACAAAUGAGUGAAAAUCAAAUGGAGGACUGCAUUGAGGUCGACAUGUCUAAUGAAGAUUCCAAGAAAUUGAAUUUGGACGGAACAAGAUGGAUGACGGAUGUAGAAAUUUCCAGAGAAAUACUUGAUGGAGAGGCUGUCACUCCUAUGGGCUACAGACAAUUGAUUGCUCAGCUUGGACGACUGCUCGAGGAGGAAAAUGCUUUCAUUGCUGAAGAUUUAAUCAUGAAAUUGAGAAAGACUGUGCCAAUCGUGUCAAUGCUUGGUGAUGUUAAAGAAUAUGAAGUCCUAGAUGAUGGUACAAAAUGUGCAGAAGCUGAAGGAAUUAAGAAAAGUGCUGUUGCCAAAGUUAAACUACUGUCACCUGGAACUGGAAAAAUCACCAUCAAUGAACAACCAUUUCUCAAUUACUUUACUUUUAUUUCUGAUAGACAAACUGUCUUGUCACCUUUUUGCUUUCUUGGACUGUUGGAGAAAUAUGAUGUUCAUGCCACAAUCAGAGGUGGCUUAAACCAGCCAGCAACAUUCGGAUCUUCACAUGGCGAACGAAGAUCACCAUUUCCAUCAGCAUCACAGGCAGCUGCAAUGCGACUUGCUAUCGCAAAAAGUUUGGGAUCUUUUUUGACUCCCGUUGAAGUGGAAAUGCUGAGAAGGGCUGGUUUGUUAACACAAGAUAAAAGAUGGAAAGAACGAAAGGUUUUUGGUCAACACAAAGCCAGGAAGAAGCAUACAUGGAAAAGGAGAUGAUUAGUGGCUAAUACUGGCAGCAAAAUUUUUGCUCAAUCAUGUUAUCCAUGCAGCUGCUUCAUUAUAGACAGUAUACAAUUACAGAGACAUUUUUAAAUUCUGACAAUUUUGAAAAAUAAUAAAAAGAAAAUCUGAAUGUC